AUGCCCAAAGCUAACAAAAGAAAGAUCCCCGAGGACUUCGACAAAGUCAAGCCAACAAUCGAGAAACUACAACUCAAACUCAAAGAGGCCCAGCGGAAAUCCAUCAAAACAGAAACCAAACAGACCUCUCUUUGGCCCAUCUUAAAGCUAGAUCAUCAGAUAAGCAGAUAUGUCUACAGCAUGUACUACGAGAAAAAGCUCAUUUCUCGAGAACUCUACGAUUACCUUCUUCGACAGAAGUACGUGAAUGCUGACUUGAUUGCCAAAUGGAAGAAGCAGGGCUAUGAGAAGCUUUGCUGUGUCAAUUGUAUUAUAGCCAAAGAAAAAAAUCAUGGAAGCACAUGUAUAUGCCGAGUACCACGGCAUCAACUCAAAGAUGACCAAGAGCACCCUGAAGGCUGUGUCACUUGUGGUUGUCAAGGAUGCGCCAGUACGAACAAGGACGAUUGA